CCGCUGUCCUCCUUCCCACCCAAAUGCCGUAACCAGGGGAAGGCUGUUACAGCAAGUCCACCCGUAUGAGGAUUUUUUUGGUGGCUGAUCUGAUAAGCAUUCCAGGGUGGAGUAAAACUGACAGAUUUGAAUUUGCCAGUAUUGUAGUGAAAAAUAGCUUGCCUAAAGAAAUGAGGCUGUCAGAUUGGCACCAGUCAGCUACAUCUGAAACACUCCUUUCGAGGUGAGCGUCGUCCCUGCUGAACUUCCUCAGACCCGCUAGCCAUGCCAGGGAUUGUCGUGUUCCGCCGUCGCUGGUCUGUAGGCAGCGAUGACCUGGUUUUGCCAGCCGUCUUCCUCUUCCUCCUGCAUACCACCUGGUUUGUGAUCCUCUCUGUGGUGCUCUUUGGGCUGGUGUACAACCCCAACGAGACCUGCUCGCUUAACCUGGUGGACCACGGCAGAGGCUACCUGGGCAUCCUGCUCAGUUGUAUGAUCGCAGAGGUGGCAAUCAUCUGGCUCAGCAUGCGAGGCAGUAUCCUGUACACAGAGCCCCGGGACUCGAUGCAGUAUGUGCUCUAUGUCAGACUGGCUAUCUUGGUGAUUGAGUUUGUGUAUGCUAUUGUGGGCAUCGUUUGGCUAACGCAGUACUACGCUUCCUGCAAUGAUAUCACAGCAAAGAGUGUCACUUUGGGAAUGGUGGUGUGCAACUGGGUUGUCAUCCUGAGCGUCUGCAUCACUGUCCUGUGCGUCUUCGACCCGACAGGCCGGACCUUUGUCAAACUGCGUGCCACGAAGCGCAGACAGCGCAACCUGAGGACAUACAACCUGCGACACCGCCUGGAAGAAGGGCAAGCCAGCAGCUGGACACGCAGACUCAAAGUUUUUCUUUGCUGCACACGGACAAAAGACUCUCAGUCGGACGCCUACUCUGAAAUCGCCUACCUUUUUGCUGAGUUUUUCCGAGACCUUGACAUCGUCCCAUCUGACAUCAUCGCAGGCCUGGUUCUUCUGCGCCAACGGCAGCGGGCAAAGCGCAACGCUGUGCUGGAUGAGGCAAACAAUGACAUUUUAGCUUUUCUGUCUGGAAUGCCAGUGACCAGAAACACAAAGUAUCUGGAUCUGAAAAACGCGCAAGAGAUGCAGCGGUACAAAGAGGUGUGUUACUACAUGCUGUUUGCCCUGGCUGCCUAUGGCUGGCCCAUAUACCUGAUGAGGAAGCCCACAUGUGGACUCUGUCGCCUGGCCAGAUCCUGCUCAUGUUGCUGUCUCUGUCCCUCGCGUCCCCGCUAUGCACCCAGUGUCACCAUUGAAGAGGAUAAUUGCUGUGGCUGCAAUGCCAUCGCUAUCCGGCGCCACUUCUUGGAUGAGAAUAUGACCUCGGUGGACAUUGUUUACACAUCUUGCCAUGAUGCAGUUUAUGAAACACCUUUCUAUGUGGCUGUGGACCAUGAUAAGAAGAAGGUGGUCAUUAGCAUACGAGGAACUCUGUCUCCAAAAGAUGCCCUGACUGACCUAACUGGGGAUGCAGAGCGCCUUCCAGUCGAGGGUCACCAUGGAACAUGGCUGGGACACAAGCUGAAUCCCCUUAAUAGUUGUUGCCUUCUCCAAGUCAUCAAUAAUUCUUCCUAUACAGAUAAGUGCUGCUGCUUUUUCCCCUCCAGUAGUGUCUUGGUGUUUGUAAUACAGAUAAGUGCUGCUGCUUUUUCCCCUCCAGUAGUGUCUUGGUGUUUGUAUUAUUUUCCCUGUGAGCUUGUUAAGCUAGUUCAUGCUUUCGUUCACAGAUUUAAAUGGACGAGUACAGUUUUGCUGUUAAGGGAAGACACAGUUGGUCAAACACUGACUGAUGGAGAUGUAGGAGAGAAAUACCAGAAGGGAAUGAAUUCUAGCAUCCCUUCAGAACAAGCAUCAGGAAGAGGAACAAAACACUACGGCCUGAUUGUGGUUGGCCAUUCCCUGGGGGCUGGCACAGCUGCCAUCCUGUCCUUCCUCUUGCGUCCACAGUACCCAUCGCUGAAGUGCUUUGCCUAUUCUCCCCCGGGUGGGCUGCUGAGUGAGGAUGCCAUGGAGUAUUCAAAAGAGUUUGUGACUGCAGUCGUGCUUGGCAAAGAUCUAGUGCCCAGAAUUGGUCUCUCUCAGCUGGAGGGAUUUCGCCGGCAGCUUCUGGAUGUUCUUCAGAGAAGUAACAAACCGAAGUGGCGAAUCAUCGUGGGUGCUACAAAGUGCAUACCGAAGUCAGAGCUCCCUGAAGAGACAGAAGAAAAUUCUGUAACGAGUAACCGGCUCUGGACCCACCCCAGUGAUCUGACAAUUGCUCUGUCGGCAAGCACCCCGCUCUACCCACCCGGCCGCAUCAUCCACGUGGUGCACAAUCACCCUGCGGAGCAGUGCUGUUGCUGUGAUCAAGAAGAUCCCACUUAUUUUGCGAUCUGGGGUGACAAUAAGGCAUUUAAUGAAGUGAUCAUCUCGCCGGCGAUGUUACACGAACACCUCCCAUACGUGGUCAUGGAAGGGCUCAACAAGGUCUUGGAGAAUUACAACAAGGGGAAAACAGCUUUACUUUCUGCAGCCAAAGUGAUGGUGAGUCCUACAGAAGUGGAUCUCACCCCAGAGUUAAUCUUCCAGAGUCAGCCCUUGCCUAGUGGACCCUCAGUGCAGAUCGGAACGGGAGCUGCAACAGUGGACAGAAGGAACAGCAGUACGAAGAGCAAGUCCCAUUCUGAAAUCAGCUUGGAGGGGUUUUAUGAGACAAAGCCACUUUCUCCUGUGCAGAAAGACCCUGUGGAGCUGCUUCUCCUGGAUACAAAGGAACGUCUGUCUGUGGAGCUGCAGGACCGUCGUGCCCCUCUUGCGACCAUGGAGAGCCUCUCGGACAAUGAAUCCAUCUACAGUUUUGAUUCCAGGCGCUCCUCUGGUUUUCGGAGCAUCCGGGGCUCCCCCAGCCUCCAUGCUGUCAUGGAGAAGGAUGAGACGCACUGCUUUUAUAUAGACCCUGCUAUCCCUGAGGAAAACCCCUCCCUCAGCUCGCGGACAGAGCUGCUGGCUGCUGACAGCCUCUCCAAGCACUCCCAGGAGACUCAACCCCCUGACAAUGUGCUCAACAGUGGGGGCACUACCCCCCAGCGCCGCUGCAGUGAGGAGGGGGCCAGCAGCGAGGGGGACCGUGUUUCCUUAGCCCCUCGUGAGGAGCUGUCCCUCCAGAAUGGACGGCUCUCAGAUGUUCCCAGUCCCCAAGUGCUGGAGUUUGCUGAGUUCAUAGACAGCCUCUUUAAUUUGGAUAGCAAAAGCAGCUCCUUCCAGGACAUCUACUGCAUGAUGGUGUCAGACAGCUCCAGUGACUUUGCAGAGAUGCCCAAGUCUGUCAGUGAUCAGGAGAUCCUGUUGAGGGCACAAUAUGAACCCAACCUAGUCCCAAAGCCCCCGAGGUUGUUUGCAGGCUCAACAGAUCCUUCGUCGGGCAUCUCUGUCUCACCCUCUUUCCCCCUUAGUUCAUCUGGAGAACUCAUGGACAUCACUCCCACAGGUGUAAGCAGCCAGGAGUGCCUGGCCACUGACAAAAUCCGGACUUCCACCCCCUCUGGGCCCGUAACCAGCCCUGCCAAGCAGGACGACCUCAUGAUUUCAGCCCUCUAGUGCAGGGUAAAGGGGUGCAGCUCUGCGAGCUGAUCCCGUAGGCUGGGUGCUGGGAUAAUACUUGGAGGAGAGGUGGUCAUCGGGCAGUUGGGAUCAGAGGAGACAGCUGGAAACGUUUGUUCUGGGGUGACGCAGUGGUGGCACGCUGGUGUCUGGAGGAUGGAUUGUGCUUGAGUCCCACACUUGCAGCUGAGAGCAUCGGCGUUGCCUCACGAGGCCUGUUACGCUGAGAGGGGUCUGAGUUGCUAAAGGUAGAUGCAAGUUCCCUACCUCAGCCUAUCUCAUUUCAUUUCAGAGGCAAAUUCCUUACCCCCGGGGCACCUGCUGAGUUGGGGAGUGAGACACCCUGCUUCAGGGAAUCCUCUGGGGUGAAGUGCUGGAUUCUCUGAAGCUUGAGGAUCGGAUAGACAGAAGCGAGGGGGCCAGGCCAGACCCCACCCCCUCAGUACUGUCAGUGGGGUUGGAAAUGAGCGGAUUGAGACUUUGGGCCCUAUUGCACUACCAUGUCGGAUCUGGCCCAAGAUCCAAUUCGUCACACUUCCAUGGGGAAUGCUUUUGUAGGACACUCUCUCCUCUUUUAAAGCCAUUGGGGCUGUGUUCUCCCCAAAUGCAGUCUCCCCUUCCCUGGCCGGGCACAGCAAGAACGGGGCUGGCACUGUGUUUUCUCUCCCCUGAGUAUUUCUGCGUUCAGUGACCACCAGGCUGCUUUCCAAGGGGGAAGGACACUGCUCUGAAGAGCGAAAGCCCUCAGCCAUGUCCCUCCUUUGCCAGAAAGAGUUCUCUUGGAUGUCACCGUCAUCGCUUCUCAGUUCCCUGGACCACUCUGAGCUGGCGACGUUCCUGCAAGACUGACAGGAUUCUCAUCUCAGAGCUGCAUGGAUGGAUCAACUUAAAUUUAACAGGCUUCUCAACAUCCAGUGUUAUUUGCCAGGCCCUUGCAGAGCCUGGGAGUCUCCUGGGCUCUGCUAGGUCCUCACACCACCCAUAUGCGGUAAUCGCAGACCAGUGCCAGCCUUUGUCAUUGGGAGUUCAGGGAAAAGAUGAACUUUUUACUAAGUAUUGAAAUCUCUUGUAUGUUUACAGAGCUGCUAAGCUUUUUGGAAGGUAUUUAUUGAGCAAACAGGGAGGCUUUCCCUAAGCAAAAAUCAUGUUCAUUCUUCCUGUGCUGUUCCCUCCGGGGACUGAGGGGAGAGAGGAUGGGCAGGUAGGACUGCAAGUCCCCUGCUUUUAAAGCGCAUCGGGGUCUGGAGGAAGCUCCGUGUGUCCCUUGCCCAUCCUCCUCAUUCGCCUCCCAGUUGCACAACACCACAUUGUAAAGCUUGAGCAAGUUGCUACUAAAACUACCUGAGCACUGCUGUGCGGAGCCUCAGUGCCCAGAGGAGCCUGCCAGGCCUAUCUAGACAGGCACUUUCCAAUGAUGGGAGCAGGAGAGAAACUACCUAUCUCGAAAGUCAAACAUACUGUGACCUGUAGAAGGCCUUUAAUUGAGAAAACACCUUCAUAUCAAAGCUCAGCAGUUGCCAAUCAGUCUCACUGGAAAAGAAAUUCCUAUUUUAACUUCCUGGCGAUGUUAUUGCCCUCCUUUCCCCUCCUUAGCUGCGAUAUUUCCAUCGUGGGAGCAUGCUGUGCUUCCCAGGAGCUUCGCUCAUGACAAAUCCCUCAGCUCCUCUUAUCCCUCUAGUUGUGCUCCUGGAGUCGUUUCUGGAAGCCCCAGGCAUGGCUCGGGGCUGUGCUGGCCUGGGUGCAGCACAAACGGAGCCAUGAGUGCUAUCAAACACCAUCGAGUCAGAACAAGAGCACUUUAUAGCCACUGUGCACUGAGAUAAAUUGACUGCAGGUGCAUGGAAGCGAGCCGAACUUUGUGUCCAAGUGCCCAUCUCCCACUUGGUAAUUCAGUGUGGGGCACUGUAUCCCCUGCCCCUUACAAACUACAGGGCCUUCCUAAGUGCAGGGGCUUUGUUAAAUGGGCAGGAAAAUACUGUCCCUGGGUUUAGGUUCCAAAGGUAUAACCUUUUCUAUACUGUCUUGAGUUGGACGGAAGAAGCCCCUCUGAAUUCAAAGUAAUUUGUAAAAGAAAAAUGCUUUCUUUUGAGCAACAAAAAGUUACUUUUUUCUUUGUAGGUCCUUCAGAAAAGAGCAGUGUUGUUCCCCUUGCUGAGAGGUGGUAUGGGUCAGGAGCUCAGAUAGAACAGCUGUAAGUGCCAUCAGAUCAUCCACUAUUGCAGACCACAGGGUAAGGCUGAACAGCUGCACACACCCAAGAAACAUUGAAAAGGUAGUGUCCAGGAAUACGCACAAUAAACUGGGUGAUUUUGAGGGAAGAAGGGGAACUGUGGGGCAGGGAGGCUGAGGCUAGCAGGCUGGCUCAACUUCCUGAUACAGACUGCUGACACAUACUGAUGGGGUGGGGAAAAGGAGUUUGUUUCUGCCUUUAAUCCUUGGCAGAAGAUGGGUAGUAAUAACACUUAGCACUUAGGCAGAGCUUUAUAUCUGCAAAGCACUUUACAAAUACUGAUGACAGAAUCAUCUCUGUCCCUGGCAGUGAGGUAUUAGGAGAUGGGUAUCUCUGAGACUAGGUGGAACUACUGGUGCCCUACCUGAGGAUGGUGGGGAGGUGACUCAAGGUGAGGAAGGUGGAUUAAUCUCCAUCUUAAGUUAAAAUUGUUAUUUCAGUAGCGACCUGAUGAUGUUUAACGGGUCGCAAUAUUGCACUAGAAAGUCACUUCUGACCUGAGUGUACCUCUGCUAUGUUCUGGAAGACACAAUUGUCAUGUGUGACUUUCCUUCUCUGUGCCAUUGGAACUGUGUCCCAGGGCACUGGGGGUUACCUUGCCCUGACCAGCUGUAGCAGGAAACAGCCUGGCAUGCUGCAUUUUUUUUUUUUUUUUUUUAUGUGCUCUGUUAUUAGAAGGAAGCUUC